AUGUCUCAGUCAUCGUUUCCUGCGCCGCCAUUGCCUGAAGAAGGUGUUCCAGAACGUCCGCCAGACAUUAUUGUCCCAGAUAGAAAAAGGACUAGUGAUCCAGAUCAACUACAAAAAGAUACCAAAGACACUGGUGAAACUCCACAAACUCUGGCACAAAGAUUGGCAAAAGAUGAGUAUUUCCAAAACUUGAGCAAAGCGGAAAAAGUCAAGUACUAUAAGGAACAACUGGCAAAGGAACAAGAAGAACAAGAGUCUAAGGAAGACGCCAUUCAACGCGCAAACGCAGCAGUACUCCAGCAGUCACUUGAGCAGCGACAAACCACAAAACAGCAGCUCAAACGUAAACCUGGAUCAAUUGGAUCAACUGGAUCGAAUGAUGGAAUUUCUAAUACAGCCCACAAAAUCUCAAAGAAGCAAGUGCAAAAGUACAAGAAGGCUCAAAAGGAGCGCUCUGAAAAGAAAAUGCGUGAUUGGCUUUUGAAUGAUGGUUAA